AUGCAGAGCCAUCAACGUGUCCACAGUGCCCACCGUACGCAGCAAGCAGGAAGCAGAAGCGAAGAAGGUUCCAAGCGCGAGCGGGAAGCGUUGGCGCCUGGAUGGCUCGAAGCAGGCGCUUUGCACAGUAGCAGCCUCAACCCGGCAGUGGAAUCAGUAACAGGCCAGCAGCAGCAGCAGCAGCAGCAGCAGCAGCAGCAGCAGCAACCAAGACCUGACAACUUAGCCUGA